UUCUUCAGUCCGUAAAAAAUAUGUCAGACGUUGAAAAUGAUGAUGUACCUUCUGCAAUGGCAGCAGGAGGUGCAAUGGAUGUCAACACAGCCCUUCAAGAAGUUCUUAAAAAUGCAUUGAUUCACGAUGGUGUUGUACAUGGUCUUCAUGAAGCUGCCAAAGCAUUAGACAAGAGACAAGCUAUGCUAUGUAUUUUAGCUGAAAAUUGUGAUGAGCCUAUGUAUAAAAAAUUAGUACAAGCAUUAUGUAAUGAACAUCAAAUUCCUUUAAUCAGAGUAGACAAUAAUAAAAAACUUGGUGAAUGGGCUGGUCUUUGUAAAAUUGACAGUGCUGGUAAAGCUCGAAAAGUUGUUGGGUGCUCCUGUGUUGUUAUAAAGGACUUUGGAGAAGAUACUCCUGCAAAAGAUGUUGUAAUGGAAUAUGUCAAACAAAGUUCUGUACACUAAUAUCUUUUAAUAAAAUAUUGGACAUAAAA